UUGCUGCUCGAGGAGCUUGUGGUGGUGAGAUCAUGUGAGAGAGUCCACGCUUGGAGAAAGUCGGUUAGCAGGAUAGACUGAGAGGAAGGCGCUGACUGUGUGGACCACCGUGGGGACUAUAAUCGCCAAACACAAGGGCGUUUAGGAUGCAAUCCAAAGCGACUUUAGUCACUCUUUUAUUUCAAUCGGACUUCACCGAGCGAUAGAGGACACUUGAGUUUUUUUUUUUUUUAAUUCCAAUUAUAUUCCUCUCCUCGCUACGACAUUAUUAUUUCCACGGCCACUUCUUUCUGGCAGUCACCUGCAGCGCAGCCAAAUGUAGCCGAGCUUCCUUCUCCACGACCGGUUAAGAAGAAGACGUCAAAAUGAGAGCUCAAAUCGAGGUCAUCCCCUGUAAAAUCUGCGGGGACAAGUCCUCGGGGAUCCACUAUGGGGUCAUCACCUGUGAAGGCUGCAAGGGUUUUUUCCGUCGCAGCCAACAAAACAACGCCAUGUACUCUUGCUCACGCCAGAGGAACUGUUUGAUCGAUCGAACGAACCGCAACCGCUGCCAGCACUGUCGCCUACAAAAGUGUCUGGCUUUGGGCAUGAGUCGAGAUGCGGUGAAGUUUGGUCGCAUGUCCAAAAAGCAGCGUGACAGCCUGUACGCUGAGGUGCAGAAGCAUCAGAAAUCCCAGGAGUGUGUGGGCUCCGGAGAUGGGGUCUCCAUUAAGCUCUCCUUACCCCGGGAGGACGGCGCAUGUGGCGGCAGCGGAGAGGACGGCGAGGGAGGUUUGAGCCGUUCCUACAGCACGGGGGGCUCUAGCUCCACCCUCAGCGACCUGGAUGACAUCGCAGCACUCCCCGACCUCUUUGACCUACCGCUGACCCCCGAGGAAGCCAGCGAGUACUGCAGCUUGGAGCUCCUGGGCGGGAGUGGCGGAACCAGCACGGGAAACACCUCCAACUCAUCGUCCGCUUCCUCGUCAUCAUCGCUGUCCAAUCAGAAUUCGCCGCAGCAGACGAUGGACGGCUCGGACAGCAACGGCAUUCAGCUGAUGCACACGCAUUCGCUGCUUGGGGACACGCACUCACUGCUGGACCAGUUGCCUGAUGAUUGCUCGGUAACAGACCUCGAGCGAAUCACUCAAUGUAUCGUCAAGUCUCACAUGGAUACGUGUCAGUACAGCGCCGAGGACAUGAAGAGAUUCACCUGGGUACAAUACACACUCGAGGAAACGCUUGCUUUUCAAAACAAGUCAGCUGAGUGGAUGUGGCAGCAGUGUGCACACCACAUCACAAAUGCCAUCCAGUAUGUGGUGGAGUUUGCAAAACGCAUUGCUGGAUUUAUGGAUCUUUGCCAGAAUGACCAGAUUAUUUUGCUGAAAGCAGGAUGCCUGGAGGUCCUGCUGAUUCGUAUGUGCCGGGCUUUUAAUGUCAACAACAGCAGCAUUUUCUUCAAUGGAAAAUUUGCCUCGCAUCAGUUCUUCAAAGCACUUGGUUGUGAUGACCUGGUGAGUGCAGUAUUUGAAUUGGGAAAAGGACUUUGUCGCCUCCAGCUGUCUGAUGAAGAGAUGGCUUUGUUUAGUGCGGCUGUUCUUCUCUCCCCUGAUCGGCCCUGGCUGAUGGAUGGCCAAAAGGUUCAGAAGCUUCAAGAACAAGUUUACUUGGCUCUGCACCACAGUCUUCUUAAGAGUGCUUCUGAGGAGAAACUGGACAAGAUGCUGUCCAAACUACCCAUCAUGAAGUCUAUUUGUAACCUCCACAUUGACAAACUGGAGUUUUUCCGUUUGGUCCAUCCAGAGACCGCAUACAGUUUCCCCCCGCUGUACCGGGAGGUGUUCGGAACCGACAUGUCCUUGCCCGACUCCACCAACAGCUAGACUGACAGAAAGACCGACUGACUGACAAAGAGAUGGAGGGAAUGUCUUUUCGAGGAAAGGAAAAGGAGAGACAGAGUAGGGAGAAAUAUGUUGAUGUUCAACAACCAGCAGUUAGAAGACAAUCCAGGACUUUUAAUACUCCGUCUACCCGCGAUUCCAAAGUAGCCCUCCACUUUUCCGAGCAGGCACAGCACCUUACACUACAGACCGCGCACCCUCAUGCUCCUCUGCGUUUUGUAGCAGCACCAACAAGCAGAUCCACGAGACAUAGUCUGAAAACUUGUGCAACUUGUCGGAUCCGCUGCGGGUCGCCCCAACCUGUCUUGAAUGUACCUCAUCGACAAGCACCAGUGCACAAGCAACCACUCAACGGUGAAUGUAUAACCUUGUCACACUUAGUUUUAUUUUCUACACGCACUUCUCACGGUAGGCCAAUUGAGCACUCCAAAUUGCCCGUAGGUGUGAGUGCGGAUGGUUGUUCGUCGCCGUGCGCCCUGCGAUUGGCUGGCAACCAGUUCAGGGUGUCCCCCGCUUACUGCCCGAUAACGGCUGGGAUAAGCUCCAGCGUGCCCGCGACCCCCGAGGGGACAAGCGGUACAGAAAAUGGAUGGAUGGUAUGUGUGCUUAUUCAUACAAAACCACCAUGUACUGAUACUUAGGGACCAAGUUCACAACUCAUUUUCUAAAAAAAAAAAAAUUGAAAAAUAGACAACACAUAACUUCACCUCCUUGAGCCGCUUCUCUCACAACAUUUCGCCUGUGUUCGGUGCUGCCUUGAGUCGGCUCUUGAGAAACCUCAGUCCCACACAUCCCCCUUCCCUUGCAAAUGCCACUUAGCGACAGGGCAAGAUAAAAUGAUCUUUAAUUUAUAUACACAUUUAUAUACAAAUAUUUUAAAUAAGAAUGUAAAUAGAUGCGAGACGGGGAGAGUGUUAAGAGCGUGUGAGAUUAGUUCCGAACGAAAGGGAGACUUACACAAAGAAAGCUGAGAUUUGGACUCUGGACUAUUUUCCUCUAUAUAUAGUACUCUCAGGUUUUUAUGACAAGCCCUCCUUCACUUUAUCCCCCCCAUGACAGCAAACCCACUAAACGGGUGAACAGACACUUGUUGUAUAGAUGCAAACAAACAGUGAUGGAGAGGAAACAAAUUGCCUUUGUUUGGCAUUGAGCUCUGAUGCUGAUGACCACAUCACGCGAGAGGAGAAGGACGAACGGGACUCGAAAGGAAAAGAACUUUAGAAGAGGAGAUGCACCCCAACAGGUCUUUCGAACCAGCAGUCAGGUGUAGUCUAUUUCAAUCACUCAUGGAGUCGCACUUGUUCAGGUGGUCCACAAUUUUGUAUCAUAACACCACCACCUUGCUGGUGUAUUAUUUGUAGUAUUGCCGUUCCUCUUCUCCUCUUGUUUGAAUAAAAAAAAAAAAAAGCACUUACAGUCCCCGGUUUCUUACUGGACACCAGACAGAGUUACCAGCUGCCCCCCUGAGUUGGGCCUCAGAGCCAGUAAGACUUUCUUGUUUAUCUUUUUGAUUCUCUGGUCCCCUCAAAGUUUCAGUGCAUUUCACUUGAACAAAAAAAAAA